GAAUGAGUAAUGGAAGCCAGGUUGAUGAAUGUGCCAAAAAUUGGUUUAUGCUUCUUGAUCUUCUUAUAACAAGAGAAGAAAAGAAUAUUGUUAGAACGAAUGAAAUAGAAACUUUAAAUUACUUUUAUAAAAAUGAAAUGGUCAAUGAAUUUGAGAUUGGUUUAGAUUCUCAAUUACGUCCAUAUAAUAUAAUUCUCCUGCUCAUGUGUAUGUUAGUGAACUCCUCCUAACGGCUGGACAGAUUUUUCAAAUUUAAGACGUGUGUACAAGACAACGUCUGUUGGGUCCACUAGUAUUGUUAUAUUUUCAGGGAAAUACUAGUCACAUGGUUAAAAGAAAUGAAAUCUUCCUACGCUAAGAGGAUGAAUGAUAGUGAUACAGCAUUAAAAUGUAAUAACAUUGCAUUGUUUUGGCGGAAAAGGGGUAACGAAAAGUAUGCAAAAAAUUUAAUAGAAGAAAGUUAUGACUGCUACUGCAAAAGUGUUGUUUUUGCUCAACAAAAUGAUACUGAAUAUGCUACAGCACUUGCAAAUAGAUCGGCUUCUCUGAUGAGAUUAAAAAGAUUUCAGGAGUGCCUUGCUGAUAUAGAACUGUCACUGAAAAAUGGAUAUAAAGUAGAGUUACAACCCAAGUUACUGUUGCGCCGUGUUGAGUGUUAUAUUGAACUGAAACAACAACAUAAGGCCAAAGAUUCAUUAGUUAUUGCAUCAAAACAUGCUCGAUUAGUGAUGUCUGAAGAACAGUGGGCUACUUUUGAAAGAAGAAUGAAAGUACUGGAAAGCAAAUUGCAGAGUAUAGAGCAUUCAACAGUAAAAACUGAAACUGAAUUGCCCAGGUGUUAUGGUGGAGAUAAUGAAGACUUCGUUAAUGCUUCGAAUGCUGUUGAAUUGAGGCAUAAUGACAAAGUAGGAAGACAUGUCAUCGCAAAACACAACAUAAGAGAAGGAGCCGUAUUAUUUUCAGAGCAGCCAUAUGCAUGGGUGGCAUUACCUUCCAAUGAGUAUGUCUGUGAAAUGUGUUGUGAAACCAACAUUAACCCUUUGCCGUGCAGUCAUUGCUCGCGCAGUGUGUAUUGCAGCGAAGUUUGUAGAUCAGAUGGGUACAAUAUGUUCCAUAAGUGGGAAUGUGUUGGAGGCCAAUGUGGUAUUUUCGCAACAAUCGGAAUAGGGCAUUUAGCUUUAAGAGUACUGUUAAUAAGUGCAUAUAAUGGGUUUCCUGCUAUAUCUGAUGAGCUGCCGAAGGUACUUACAGCCGCCGAUUUGUUUAAGAGAUACUCAGAAGUAGAUGACAUGGCGAUAUAUAAGAGAGAUCAUCUCGAUUUUUAUAGAAUGUUCAAUUUAGUCACAAAUUUUGACAAAAUGAGCAACAACGAUUAUAUGCAUUAUGCGUUGACAGCGACAAUGUUAACUCUGUACCUGGAAAAGUUCACGGUAUUCUUCGACGAGGUGCCGAGUAAACUCCCGUGUGUUUUGAGCUCGACUCAGUUGCAUUUGUUUUCUGCGGCAAUUGUAUUACGCAGUAUGGGUCAACUAAUAUGCAAUGCACACUCUAACGUUGUCUCAGAAACAAUCAAGGAUCAUUCAGGUCAAACGCUAAGAGAAGAAGAGGUACAUCGUAGCACGGCCAUAUACCCAUCAGCUGCAAUGAUGAACCAUUCCUGUGACCCAAAUAUACAGAACACGUACUACAAGAACCGGUUAGUUGUGAGGAGUUCACGUGAUAUUCCAGCCGGUGCCGAGGUUUACAACUGUUACGGCCCUCACUUUGCGAGACAGCCUACGAACACACGCCGCGCUGAGUUGCAGGCGCAAUAUUUGUUCACGUGCAACUGUUCUGCUUGCAUCUGUGACGAGACAACGACAAUAAAUUGAUUUUAUACAAA